AUGCAGGUUUCUAAAUCUAAUGAUGUCAAAAUUUACAACCUGAGUGCUGGGAAAUCUCUGCCACAAGUAAGUUUAUUAUUAUUUUACCAAAGGUUUGUGUUUAGUGGAUAUCAGAGAAGAAAAGAAGAAAUCUGGAAAAGAAAGACAUUGACAUACGAAGAAGAAUACAGCUGAUUCAAGACUUUGAGAUGCCUUGUGUAUCUAAUUCUAUAUGUAUUACAAAUGACGGGCAGUACAUCUACGCAGCCGGAACAUAUAAACCCACACUAAAGUGUUAUGAUGUUAAUGAUUUGUCUUUGAAGUUUGAGAGAGGUUUGGAUGCUGAGGUGGUUAAGCUGAUGCCUUUAACAGAAGACUACUCUAAAGUGGCAAUGCUACAGACUGAACGAUGGGUCGAGUUCCACGCUAGAUUCGGACGGUAUUUUAGAUUGAGGAUACCUAAAGUUGGCAGAGACAUGGCUUUUUGCAAUGAAGCUAGUGAUUUAUACAUGGUUGGAGGAGGGUAGGUUAUUUACCAUCUGUUAAUGUUUUAGCUUCCUUUACAUUUUAGUGUACGUUUUACGUUUUGAUUGUAUUCUAUUAUACUUUUUUCAGAAACGAAAUUUUUCGUUUGAAUUUGGAGCAAGGCUGUUUUUUGAGUUCUCUGGCAACAGAAUCAGAUACUUUGAAUUGUUGCACAUUUAACAAGUAUCAUCAGUUAUUUGCCACUGGCGGAUCUAAUGCCACGGUCGAAGCCUGGGAUCAUCGCGAUAAAAACAGAGUUGGAAUAUUGAACUGUGCAUUACAACAACUUCAGGAAGAGUCCUUGUUGCCUGAUGUGUAAGUUAUAGAAAUAUUUUCUUUAAUCUUAUGUUUAGAAUGCCAGAAGUAACUUCGAUCAACUUUAAAGAUCCCCUAAAUUUAGCUGUGGGCAUGAGUACUGGUCACGUAAGUUAAAUUAGUUGUAUGCAGCUUUCAUAUAAUAAAUUCAUAUCUUCUUAAAUUUUUUUAGCAAUUAUGUAUUUUUAGACAUUAAUAAAUUUAAAAAUAUUUUAUUUUUAGGUAUUAAUGUACGACAUCCGAGCAAAGCAGCCGAAACUUGUGAAGAAUCACAACUUUGGCUUGCCUAUAAAGUCUAUUGAGUUUGACGUUGAGAAAGAUCUAGUCUUAAGUAUGGACAGCAGAGCAUUGAAGGUUUGGAACGCCAAAAGUGGCAAAGCUUAUACUGCCAUUGAACCCAACACUCAACUGAAUCAGUUUGUUCGGUACCCAGAUUCUGGUCUUCUGUUCUUUGCUAACGAUACCCCUAAGAUGUUACAGUACUUUGUUCCUGCUCUUGGAUUGGCUCCUAAAUGGUGUCAUUACUUGGAUAACAUUACUGAAGAGUUGGAAGAGACGGAAGCUCCGGUUGUGUACGAUGAUUACAAGUUUGUGACAAAAGAGCAGUUGGAUGAAGUUGGGUUGAGCAACUUGAUAGGAUCCAAUUUGCUCAGAGCUUACAUGCAUGGGUACUUUAUUGACGUCAGGCUGUACAACAAGGCCAAGACAUUGACACAACCAUUUGCUUUUGAUAGUUAUAAGAACAGAAAGGUAAUUUGUUUAAGUAUUUAAUUAGGACUUUCGAACGUAUCUUUGUAUCAUUAUAAUUUUUGUUUGUAAUAUAUAAAUUUAGAUACAAGAGAAGUUGGACGAAGAAAGAGAGUUGAAUGCGUUAACAAAGAAGUCCAAGUUGCCUAAAGUUAACAAAGAGCUGGCUUCGAAACUUCAGAUGGAGCUAGACCUGGGAUCAGGAAAGAAGAAGAAGGUAUGCAGAGCUGUUUUACUUGUACUAUGUUGUACUACUAAUAUCUAAAUGUUUUUAUAGAGUAACAUAUAUUCUUGUUUUAACCUCGCUUUUUAGACCAAAAUGGCACAAGAAUUGCUGAACGAUGACAGAUUCAAGAAUUUGUUUGCAAACCCAGACUUUGAAGUUGACAAGGACAGUGAACAUUAUGCUCAGAUUGUUGACAAACUUAACAAGCAAAAGGAGAAGACGAUAGGACGAGCUGAGGAUUCUGAUGAGGAAGAGGCUCCAGAACUGGCCAUCGAAAUGGAUUACGAUCAACAGGUAGGUAUCUGUAAAUUUAAAACAAUUCUGUGCGUUCCAAUGCAUUUUAUAAACCACAAUGUUGUAAAAAAUACCUUUUAGGAAGAGAAGAAUAAGAAUAGAAUUCCAACUGAUCUUAUGGAGGAUGUUGAUGUGUCUGAAGACGAAAGCGACGAUGAUGACGGUGAAGAAGACGAAGAUAGUGACGAAGAAGAGUCUGGUGAUAGCGAAAAUGAAAGAGAAGCUAGAAGAAGAGAAUAUGAAAUGGAGAAAGAGCUACAACAGGAAUUGGAACGAGAAAGAAAACCUAAAAGCUUCAAAUUUGUGGGACUUGAUUCGAGUAGAGAUUUUAAGGCUUUCGUUUCUAAUGAAGAUGAAGAAGAUGCAUUUGCUAGGGUAGGUUUUACUAUGAAAUUGUUACUCAUAAUCUAAUAACUGUUUUGAACAAAAUAAAGUCAAAAAAUUAUAGGUUUCUGGAACUAUGAGGGACAAGAAGAAGCUGAUGGGUAAGACUCUUAAGGACGAUACAGUGGAAUCCACGCCAUUUGGUGGCAAAUCGAUGACAUUUACGUUAGAGCGUAAGUUUUAAGAAGGAAACAUUAAGUUGGUGUUAAAGCUGCUUGACUAAAAAUGUACCGUUUCAGCAGAAGGCAAGUCUGCAGAAUCCUUAAAACGAGAAUCUAAACAAAAGAAGCACAUUGAAGAACGGAAGGCUGUCAGAAGAACAGUCGGACCUAUAAUGAGGCAUCUGAAGCCAUUACCGUCCGAGAUACAGAAGAAGAAGAUGCAGAGACUGAAGAGGAAGUAG